UGACAGUUUCAUCAACGAGACUUGGCGCCAAAAAAUCGUUGAUAAAAUUGUGAGUGGAGCCAUUACAUGAAGAAAGCCCCUCGAAAUAAUAAAUGCAUGUUUACUAAGUGAUAAAGUGCAAAAAAAAAAUCCUGAAAGUACAAUCAAGAGAUGAAAGAUCUCACUCAUUACUUCAUGGACAUGGAUAAAUCCCCGGAUACCCCGAAAAUCCAUGGCAAUGGGGUUACCUCUACCAGUGAUGCAGGUGAUUUAAAGAAUAUUACCCCCAAAAAACGUGGCAGAGUGAAGAUUAAAAUAUCGCAGGGGAAUAACGACGAGAGAAUAUGUGACAUAAUAGAUUCUAAGCAUGAUCUGGUGGAUAAAACCCCCAGUCCCUUCCCAACGGCCAAGGAGGUAAAAAAGAUAUCACCUGGAGGGACUCCAAAAGGUCGUCAAGACCUAGAAAAUGAAGCAUCUGAUGUGGACAUUGAGAUAGAGGACUUGGAUUCCUCUGGGGGUAGUAUCUUUAGUCCCCCUGAGAGGAAAAACGAGAAGAAUGACAGGGUCAACGAGGCUGAUGACUUCAGAAAGGGCACGAGCUCUAAUGCCUUCCAGGUUCUGAUGACCCGGAGUAAACCUGUUCAAUACCUCACUCAGAAGCCUAUGAGCCCUGAAGAGGAGGCAGCUGCUACCAAAAAGAAUCAAGAGGUGAAAAGCAAAAUGAGGCAGAAUAAAGAAAGGCUAACUGCCCUGGCUGAUAAGAAGGGCUACAACAAGAGAAAAUUGGCAGAGGCUGAGGAGGCAGAGAGGAUUGAGAAAAGAUUAGAAAACAGGGCGAAGGUGUUCAAGAGGCUCAAGAAGGAGGAAGACACAUCUGGGAAUCAGAAUCAACGGUAUUCAGGAGGCUUACAUAAUUACUUUAGUAAAAUGACUCCAGAAGAGCGAGAAAAAGAAAAACUAUUGACUCUAUCAACAGUCACCGUGAAAGCAGAGAUUCAUGCAUCCGAUAUUGGACAGGAAGUAAAAAAAAUCGCCAGUAACCCCAAAAUAAUGACGAAAACAGCUAAACAUAAGACUCGAAAAGUUUUAGCUACUAUCGACGACAUUCAGGUGUUGAGGUCAGAGACUCCAAGUCCUCCUCCAGUUGUUACUGCUCCCCCUGAGCCACAGGUUCCUAUAAGCCACCCGAAGUUAUCAAAGAAACCAAAAUGGUCACUCAGGAUUAAUUUGUCUGGAGGAGAAUGUUUGCCCAAAGACGAAGACAAGGAGUUCGAAGCAGCGGAAAUGCCCAAAGUUUCCUUAAAGCACAAAAAAAAGAAAAAAUCGGGGAAGUCCGCAAUUUCUGACCUUAAAAAUUCAAAAAAUAAGCCAACGUGUCGAGAAAUUCCCCCACCAGUUUUUAGAGAGUCUAAACCCGACCCAGAGUUAGAAGAGGCAUCCUUGCCAGCUUCCGAGACCUCUCCAGAUUCUCCAGAUGACUGUUUAGAAAUUCCGGAGAUACCAAAACCAUCACAGAAAGUGGAGACGCUUCCUAGAAGUGCCUCAGAUCCUCCUCCGGACUUCCAAAAUUCUCCAGAGUCCUCAGAAUUAAUUCACACACACUCCCAGCCCUUCCCCGACUGCGAAAUCGUAGACGUUAAAGCCCGGAAGCUAGCUCCCCUGUUCAUAAAACGUCAAAAACCAGAUCCUGAGGUUGUAGCAGCUCGAAGAUCAUUUCUAUACUCUAGAUCCCCAGAGAAUCCAAAGAAAAGUCUGAAGAAGUCCCCAGUACCCGGACCAUCAAUCCUCCCCUUCCCCACAAUUUCCCACGUAACUCAGCAUUCUCCAUCAAAAACCCCAGAGAAUUCUUCAGCACCAUCAAGAUUACCAUCUAGAGUUCCCUGGAUCCACGUUCCCACAUUCACUCCUUCCGACUUCAAAUCCCUGAAUACCCCAGAUGUUUUAAAACCACAAGGUAAUCCAAGAAAACACGAGAAACCUCAAAAAACAAAUCCGGACGAUAUAUUGGCUGAAAUAGAGACGCGAUGCGCUGAUGCUCGAGAUCUGUGGAGUGCAAUUUCUCCCGUAACUCAGUUAACUAGAGACUCUCCGAAACGAAGAGGACGAAAACGAAAGUCUGUGGAGAAAAAUCCACCUCUUCUGGAAGCUGAGAAGAAUCCGGAGAACGUGGUGUGGACGCAGAAGUACAGACCAUUGACUGCGAAGCAGAUUGUUGGAAAUGAGGAGGCAGCGAUGAAAUUAAAGUCCUGGUUGCAGACCUGGCAAUCAUCUCGAAGAGAUGGCUACAGCAGUAGUGAGGAGUUCUACUCAUCAGACAACAGUUUACAGGCUAAUCUUGAGUCGAAUCAAGUUGCAGUGUUACUUGGACCCCAUGGUUCAGGUAAAACAGCAUCUGUUUAUGCUGUUGCUGACGAGUUAGGGUACACUGUGCUGGAGCUCAAUGCUUCGAGUAGACGACCUGGCAAGAAGAUUUUGAAAGAUUUUGAGGAAGCAACCAAAUCCCAUAGGAUCAAGAAGACCGACUCCAGUGUUUCUACCUCACAAACAUUUCAGAGAGCUGAAAAAAUACCUCAAAAUUCGUUGAUACUUGUGGAAGAUGUUGAUCUGGUGUUCGAUGAGGAUGAGGGAUUCGUUUCAGCCACCUACCAACUGGCCAGUAAUACCAAGAGGCCUAUUGUGAUGACCUCCAGGGGAGCCUGUGCUCAUCUAAACAGGAUGGCGCCUCAGCAGAUGAGGAUUUAUUAUCAGGGAAUGUGUGGUGAUAGGGUUGGGGCUCUCCUGGAGGUAAUCACACUGGCUGAGGGGGGAACUAGACUGCCACUUUCAUGUGUAGAGAAGCUGCUGGCCAAGGGAGACUUGAGGAGGGCUGUCCUUCAACUCCAAUAUCUGCUACUGUCUGGAAUGCCUCAGGCGCAUGACGUUCCUAGUGGUUUUGGCGAAACUCUAUGGAGCGAUAUCAAGAGUCAUGUAUACAAACCUGCGAUCAAAAGUGAGAGGAAGAUCGGAAAGAGGAGGGAGAAAAGGCAGGAGACUAGUGGAGAUUUGAGUUCUGAUGUUCUUCAGGGAUUGUCAAACGAUUUGGAAACAAUUUCAGUUCUUUCGAGUUUUGUGGAAAUCGAUGAUCGUAUUCUAACGGUUUCGGAAGUAAAGUUUGAACCCUGCUUAUCACUACUUGAGAAUGAAGAGUUGUAUUGUAGGAAUAGAGACCAGAUGGUGGAGAUUUCUCAGUGGCUGAGAGAUAGAGUGAUGGAUAGGGAAGGUGGAAAGGAUGAGAGGACGAGUUUUAAUCAAUUUUUAAUGAUGAAGAAAGAACUUAAUCUUGGAGUCAAUUUGGCACUCUCGCAGGUGACGAGUAAUAAUUUAGAUGGUUAUUCGAUAAGAACUGAUUAUCUACCAACUGUACGGACAAUUUGUCGAGCAGAGGACCUGAAGAUAAAUACCAAUUCAAAACGGGGGAAUCGAUUUUUUCAUUAUCUGCAGGGUCUCAGACUACCGUCAGCAUCGACCAAGGCCAAUGUCCUGGCAGCUGCUUGUAAAAUACUGCAAGAAGAUAAUCAGAAAAAUAGGGAUAUAUGAAAUUUAUCAAUUGAUUUUUAAGAGUAGUCUAUAUUGAACGCUUUGAGUACUAUUUGAAAUUGUGGGGAAUCUAUUUGUACUAUUUUUUUUUCUUAAUACAAAGUAUCAAUUCUCGGUGAGAAGUGAUGAAAUGAGAAUUAUGUGCUGUUAAUAGUAAUGGAUAGAAUUUUUUUUUAUUUUUCAGGAAUGUUGUUAUUUUUAAGAAUGGUAAAUAAAGCUUAAUUAAUUGAGUAUAUUAAACCGAA